AUGGGUUUGGGUGUUAUCAUCAGAGAUUCAAUCGGCAGGGUACAAGCAGUGGUGACAGGCCCAAAGGAUCAUAUCUCCUCAACUGCCCAGGCUGAAAGUGUUGCUCUUCUUAGAGCUAUGAAUCUUUGCACAGAGCUUGGCUUCAACCAAGUUUGUUUUGAAGGGUAUGCUAAGGCAAUAGUGGAUGCAGUAAACUCCAAAGGUGAAGACAACUCGUGGAUUGGCCAAAUGAUAGAGGAUAUGGAACUGUUAACGAGAAGGAAUCAAGCUUGGAGUCCGAGGUUUGUUCAAAGGACAGCAAACAGAGUUGCUCAUAUGGCUGCCAAAUUAGCGGGAUGGCUGUGA